CAUCACUUUAUCUGAGGCACUUGAAAGAAGAAUCAUGCCACUUACACCUUUUACAAUCUUUAUUUUGAUGUGUGGAUUUUAUUCCAGAUUUCAUGCCACCGAUUCACCAAUUCAAACCACUCAGAUUCAGAAUGAAGUUCUCAGAGUUGUGCGUGGAUCUGAUGUGUCUUUGCGAUGUGACGUUCCUCUCCGGUCUAAUUCCUCCACUUUGCACUGGGAGAAAGAUGGAGAACAAACACCCAACAGCACUCUGAUGUACAACACCUCUGCCUACAUCAUCUUACACACCGUUGAUAAACGCAGUGAAGGGAAAUAUUACUGUAGAUUGAUGCAAGAUGGAAUCGUACAAACUGUUAAGAAUCACACACUUAAUGUUACUCCAUAUUCAGAUGGAAAAAGUCAAAGUCAAAGCUCCAGUCAAAGCUCCAGUAAUAGCGAUGUAUCACUGAUCUGCAAGUCUGCAAUGGAGUCUCCUGAUGGUGUGUUGAGGAUUCAGUCAGUGGAUCUUACCUGUGAAGUUUCUGAAGUAACUGAUUCAGUGACGCUGGUCUGGCUCAGGAUGGAGGGGAACAGAGGAGUGCUGGUCAAACAGCAAAAUAUGACUGAGAAAAACACCAUGUUACGUCUCACAGUGAAUCUAUCCAACUCUAAAACAGACCCGCUGCACUGGCAGUGUGCAGUUUUUACUGAGAAUACACUCAGAGCUCUGAUCCCUAUAACAAUCAAUUGUACCUCAUCAAAUACAACUGCUCCAACAGAAAGCUCAACUGUAACAAACAAAGUAAUCCAAAAAGUGUUUUUCUGUGUUUUGACUCUAUCUACUGGGAUGUUGCUUGGAGCUCUAUUGAAUUACUGCUACAGGAAACGAAAGUCAGGAAAAGGAAGCAUGAAUAAAAGAGAGGAGACACCGGAUACAUCAGACAGUUUGACCUACACGACCAUUGUUUACAACCAAUUCAAUUCAAUUCAAUUCAAUCUAUAAUGAAAACCUGAGAAAGACACAAU